GUUCAUCUCGUUUCCAUGUCAAAAUGGAGCGACCACAAGAUGAUGGACUCAAGUGGUUUGGUGAAGGGUUUGAUGGAUUCCCCAAGCGACUUCCCGGAGACUGCGUUGAGUACAGUAUACGCAUUAUUGAUUCCAAACUUCCGGAUACGGCGAUCAGGGAAAAACUCAGCAAUGUGGAGCGUACAGCUUCUAGACUGAGUAGGGAACUACUGAAAGACUAUAUCUGGCAGAGAGAUAUCUUUACUCUCAAUCUCAAGCGAGAAGACAAUUUCUGGAUCCUCCACGGCCGUACAGAUUUUGGCGAUUCCGUCGCGGACGAAUGGCUCAUCGUGUAUUUACUAAGGGAGCUGAGCCGACUAAUUGACAACGCCUGGAUACGAGUAUAUGACACUGAUGGAGAAUUCCUGCUGAUAGAAGCAGCAAAUGCGCUUCCGCGCUGGCUCAAUCCCGAGGUUGCCCAAAAUAGAGUGUGGAUUCAUGGAGGGAAGCUUCUCAUCAUUCCAUUGCAUCAAUCGUUGACGUCGCAAGGGAGAACCAGCCCGAUCACGAAGCCGUUGUCAAUGAUAGAGGCUACUUGCUUUAUAUGUCGAAGCCCAAGAAAGUUGACACAUUCGCCAUUAAUCGAGGAGGAGGCUUUUUACCGCAUUCGCAAUCAUCCAGGUCAGAUCAAAGACAAUCUCCAUCAUGCACCACUAUACAUUCCACGGAGGCUUGCAUAUGUAGUACAUAAAAAUCCAAGUCAUGUCAGUGCAGCUAUAGAAGCAUUCUAUCUCCGCGAUCCUAUAGCAGUCCGGCCAUUAAAUACGAAAGACAAAAGCACCCUCAACUUUCCGCCCGAGGACUUCGUUAAAACUGUGGUAGGUUUCAACAAGGUGGGGUACGCACAACUCUACAGUCAGGAUUUCACGCCCUCGAAACUAUGGGAGGAGUGGCUGCACGAGACCAAUGAUGCUGUCACACGAAAGCGUUGGGAAGUCGCAAUGAAGCUUACUUGUGGGUUUGAAAUGUUGGUGGAGGAUCCGCAAAAUCAGGACAAACGUGCUGUGCGAGAAAUAAAACUUCUACUGGAAGAUCUUGGUAGUGGCGAAGAGCAGCUCCCAUGCGACAAAGAGGUAGAAUCAUGGGUAGUCCAGGAGGAUAACGAAGACUGGUUGGAUAUCGACCUGGAGAGUCUUGAAGAUGAGCUUCAGGGAAGGAAAGGCAAUGGAAAGAGAGGCGCCAAGGGAGGCUUUGGUGAUGAGGCGACUCAAGACAAUCUGCGCAAGAUGGUGCAGCGAUUUGAAGAUUUCUUGAAUAACGACGAAUCUGAUGAUAUGGACGAAGAUAACGAUAACGAAGACGAAGAAGACCAAACAGAUGAGGACGAGGACCGAGAAGUCUCGUUCGAUGAGGAAGAGUUCGUGAAACUGAUGACUGAAAUGAUGGGCCUUCCGCCUGCAUUAGGAGGAGAAACACAUCAAGACAGAGCUGAUACUUCUGAGGAUGUUGAUGAUGAUGAUGACGGAGACGACGCUGAAGAUAUUAGAACGUUGUCGGAGCUCAUGGGAUUGGAAUUGAAAGCUGCUGAGGCUCUUAACUUGAACAUAGACCCAUCAGGAAGGUCUGCACGUACAUCGGGGGUCAAGUGUUCCGGGGAGCCAGUGACAACUGGGAAAGUGAAGAGAAAUCAGGCCAACGAGGCGGUUGGCAACGUCUUCGAAGCAUCAGAAGAUGAAGAGAAAAGUGACAUAGAUAUCGAUUUCGAACUCGCGAAUGACCUUCUGAAGAAUCUUCAGGGGUUAAGCGUAGUCAAUGUCGCUGCUGGUAAUACCAAUGGUCUGAAAUAG